AUGAGUAAGAAAUUCAAGUCGCAAGCUUCAAGCAGUCGAGCUGCUUCGGGAGCUUUAGGGUCAGGAGCAUUUGGUGCUUUCUCACAAGCGGGUGCAGACCAGGGAGAUAUCCCUUCAUCGCUGUCAUACAUAUUUGAACCGCCGGAUUUGUCAUUGGUAUCUCAGCCCCAGGUGGUGGUUGCGUUCAAAAACCUAUUGAAGAAGGACAGUACUACCAAGUCUAAAGCCCUAGAAGACCUGUUAGAUUUUGUUUGUGACUCUGAAUCUCAAGGGGCCAGGUUGGAAGAUGGAUUUUUAGAUGCCUGGUUUGUUUAUAAUCAUGCAUUUGUUCAGGCUAAAUUAUAUCCCCGCAUCUCGAUAGAUGCAUCGCGGAGGGUCCGUCAGCUUGCUCAUGCCCUUCAAGGAUACACAGUAUCGAUCACAGGAAAGCGCAUCGCCCGCCAUCUCCCCAAGAUGAUUGGGGCAUGGCUCGCGGGCUUGUACGAUAAUGACAAGCUGGCCGUCAAGGCUGCCCAAGACUCUAUCAUUCGCGCGUUCCCGACGGAAGAAAAGAGGCAGACGAUUUGGAAAAUCUAUCAGUCGCCGAUCCUUGAGCUUGUGGUUGAUGCCGUUGUUCAGCAAACCCCCCUCACACUCAGUGACGAACGAACAGUUAGGCCUGAUGAAGCAGACGCAAAGUAUGCUCGCGUGGUUGCAACAGCUUUACAGACACUCAAUCGCUUGCUCGCUAAAUCAUCGGCUGAGAACCUAGAGAAAGAUUCCCAUCUACUUGAGACUUUGUUUGGAAGCAAGUCGCUAUGGCAAUUAGCGCAUAGCGAAGACGCUUUUGUGAGACGGUCCUUGUACGGGUUAUGCCAAACAUCCGUCUCAGCAGUGGGCGACUACGUUGAAUGGAAGACGCUCAGCACGCAGCUGCUGUCCAAAGCAUUGGCCGCUGACCAACACGGAUCGGCUUCAGAUUUCUCAGAACUAUUACUAAAUUUGACUAAAAUACGCCCAGAAAUAUGGAGCUCUUACUAUUCGGGAAAAACUUCCGCCUCAAAAAGACUCCUCCAAUAUAUCAAAAAAGGCUCUCAAGGCGGAUCUCCGUCAUUCUGGCGGAAUCUCCAAUACUUGCUCCAAGCUAUUCCAAUAGACGUUUUAUGUCUCGGACCGCAGGAUGCGGGCAGUAUGGUACAGUCCGCCUCGUCCAUUAUGGAGGCGCUUCUCGAAGGCAUUUCUCGUCGAGAAGAGCCGCGAUUGAACCUGUUAGCCGCGUGGUCGUCAUAUGUCGAGACAAGCCUGUGGAUUGCGGGUAAAAUAGGAGACACCGACAGCCAACUAAAUUUUAUUCAAGGUUAUAUUUUCCCGGUCCUGGAGGAUUACGUUUUGUCCACAUCCAACCCUUCAAAAUGGACGAUCCACCAUAGUGCCGCGGUUAUUGUUUGUGCAGAAUGUUUUAUUUCCGUUGCGGGUCUUGCCAACGCCGAUGUGAUUCACCAGCUCUGGGCAAAGUUGUCCGGUUCGAUUUCCGAGAGCAUAAAAUUAUCUGCCCCCGAACAGUCGCAGAAUUAUGAAACCUCGCAAAAUGAGAUCUGCCUGCAAUCUGGCCGAUUAUUUGGCCUCGAGGCCGAAAUCUUGAACAAACUGAGCAAGCUCAAGGAUUUAUCGCUUGUCUCGGAUAUUUUCCGGGAUGCGACUCGAGAUAUAUUUCACAUUGCUUUGCAAACCCUCAGGUCCCGGAAAGGGAAACCAUAUGGUGCCGCUUCAACCAUAAAGGAUGUUGUUACACAAGUGCCACAACUUAUCACUGAUACCGAUGCUCUAGCCUCGUUUCUCGUCGAAAACCUUCCUGAUCUUGUGUCGUCGCCGUCUUCCCCUGAUUUAGUUUCUGCUCUCUUUGCAUGCCGACAGCAACAAGAAUUCGAAGUUGCCUUUGCGAAGUUGAUCGACGCUUUUCGGUCCUCAGACCUAGCGGUAGAUCGUCUCGCAGGGCUGAAGGUAUUAUUUUCUUCCGUUACCGCAGAUGACUUCAGCCAGUAUCAUCAACUAGAGGCCCUGGUUAUGGAAAAGGUAGAACAAGCACUACAUGAUAACAAGCAGACAUGGGAAGUUAUUGUGGCAGUCCUUGGAAAUCCUGCCUCCUGCCCUGCAGUCUCCAGUCAUGUUUUGAAUCGAAUAGUUGAAGGUCUGGCGAUGGGAGACACAACUUUAGAAGCGCUUCACGGCCUCUCAACCAUCGCGAAUAUGGACCCCGUCAAGUCCUAUGUCACUGGCCAAGAAGGCUCAAAACUGUUAUCUAAGCUUCUUUUCCUUGCAGAAUCUCCUAGCGAAGAAGUCGCACAGCUGGCGGGCUCUUUGCAAGCAACGAUUAGCCGUAUACCAGAUGCGGGCGGAUCUAAACCAGCGGUGGACAUUCUAAAAAGCAGUUUCGAUGAUGUCGGGGAAGAGUCUUUGUCGGUUGAUGCUUUAGUUGCCAUUGCCAAAGGGGUUUCCGAGGCAGCCUCUGAACCAAGUGGUCCAAACCUGUCCAGCCUAUUUCCUAGCGAGAAACAAUGGUCCAAUGCUUUGGAACUAUUCCUCCUGAAUCCGCCACUACCUUCACUUUCCAUCAUGAGUCCUCUCAGCGGAGCCAUGCUCAAUGUAGAACGACCGUCCCACGAACUCGAGGUUUUAUCAUUGCCUCACGAUGCAAACCAGCUACCUCUGGCCGCUCGACUAGCAUCAUACGUCACAAGGCUGCUCUCCUUUAUCAAAGUUGAAGCCCUGGAGCCUGACUUGCAGAAAACCGUAUUUUUAUACGUCCCACUUGCGGCCCAACUAAUCGAAGACAAUAUCAACGUGGAGGGUUCCACUGCAAUUCUACCAUUGGAAUCUCCUGAAACCCGGAAUGAGUUCGCAGACCUCGUUGGUGAAGCUAGGCAAAACAUAAAACAGUGGAUAAAUGCUUCAUUUUCCUCCAAUUCCCCGCCAGACAUCGAUUCUAGCCCAGAUAUUGUGAACUUUUGGAAGAACCACUUAGAACAGCUACAAGGAAAUACGCCGAAAGCAUAUCGAUACGCGGAAGUGUAUGCGAGAAUUUUGUCAGAAAGAGACUCUUUGGGAAAGGUUGAUUUUGCAGAGACUUCACUUGAAUAUGCCCAAAAGUUGGAUAGUUCUGCAAACCCCUUCAUUUUAGCUGCUGUCGUAACCGCCUUCAAAACAUCUCUUGCUGGUUUGACUCUAACUACAAAGAUGUGUAAUCAGCUCGUUGCGCAAGCUACUGGACUUGACGAACUACCAGAAGAUGAAGGGCUUCGGAAAUUGAUAGCUUUAAAUGCCUUGCUGCAGGGGGAUGGUGAUUUUGUCGAAAAGAUCCCUACUCAGCGACUAGUCUUCCUUGUGAAGCAUCUUGUGAAAUUUUUACAAUCCGAAGAACCGUCGCUCAGACUGGUAACCGAAAUCAUGAAGGUAUUUAGAGUUGUAUUGCCACAGUUGAAAACAAUAUACGGGUCUCAUUGGGCGGAUAUCUUUGCGGCUCUCAAGACAUUGUGGGAGAGCGACAAGGGAUCUGACGAGUACCUUCCGGCCUUGCAUGCUUCUCUUCGUUUGUUCUCUUGUCUUAGAAAGCUUGCGUCGGAUGAGAGCAAUGACGAUCUUGAGGAUGCAUGGGCAGCAUCUCAGAAGAGCCAUGUAGAAGCGCUCAUCGGGUUGCUCUCUGAAUUUGGUGAGUCGAUUCUGCUUUCAUGUGUGUUAUUGGAUCGUGCUAAGAUUGCUCAUUUAGAUCCCUCUUUCCUCCCCGAUAUGCCUUGGACUAUAACGAUCGAUAUCCUCGACCGGGAAAUAAAACAAAUCAAUGUGGAUCAUAUUGAGGAUGUGAACGGCCUUUUUGCCACGCUGACAAUUCAAAGUAGAGGCGUGCAGCGCGCGGCUUAUGGUGUUUUACAUCGUGUUAUUCCCAAGUCACAAGAGGCGAUCUCUUUCAAUGUUGCAUUAUCCGAUACUGUCGCAAAUCUUCCCGAUGAAUUGCUUUCCCUCCUUUUCGAUGUGCCGACUGCGAGUAACCUGUCCGAAUACCCCCUCCAGGAGGACGUCUGGAUGAGCAUACGCUCUUAUUUACUCAGCUGGAAGACCGUUUUUGACCAUUUUGCGUUUGCGUCUCUACCCGUACAGGAAAAGUACUCUGCAAAUCUCAAGGACAACAACUGUCUCGACCCACUCCUAGAAUUCAUGUUUGAUUUUCUGCAGUUCCCGCAGGGCAAGCUUGUGGACGCCUCCAAAUUCAGUGUUCGCUUGUUUGAGUUGGACGAAGCCGAAUCGUUGGAGAAAGAAAUCCAGUGGCUGCUCUCGCACAUUUAUUACCUCUGUCUGAGGUAUUUACCCAAUUUAACAAAGGCUUGGUGGCUUGACAGCAAGAAACGCGUGAAGGGACCAAUUGAGACAUGGACCCAAAAAUACAUUUCUCCUCUUGUGAUAGAAGACUCGCUUCGAAACGUGAGCGAAUGGUUCAGCGCCCAAGACUGGGCGGGCGAAGAGCAAGCCCUGCAGGUCAAGGUGUCAUACAAAGCCGCAGAAAUUGUCGCGAGUAUUGAAAUAGACGAAGAGUCUCCCGCCACAUCCAUAUUGAUUUCUUUACCGGCAACAUACCCGCUCCUGCAGGCUACAGUGGCCGGUGGUCACCGCGUAGCCGUUGAUGAAAGGAAAUGGAGAAGUUGGUUGAUGACCAUCCAAGGCGUCAUCAUGUUCUCCAACGGCAACUUGGUGGAUGGCUUGCUAGCCUUCCGCAGGAACGUUCAGGGCGCUCUGAAGGGGCACGGAGAGUGUGCAAUUUGCUAUUCGGUCAUUUCGACCAAUAUGCAAACGCCGAAUAAGAGAUGUGCAACGUGCAAGAACACGUUCCAUUCUGAUUGCUUGUUCAGGUGGUUUAAGAGCAGCAACUCGAGCAGCUGCCCGCUGUGUAGGAAUAAUUUCCUUUACUCGUAA